AAUGCUAGCCCGCCGCGGUGUUCGACGGGAUGCGGGCGGCGAGCGCCGGCGGGGUUAAGGGGCGGGGCUGACGUCAGCGGCCAAGAUGGCGGCGGUGGUUGGGGUCUCCUUGAGGCGCGGCUUUCCGGCUUCGGUCCUGGGCGGAGUGUGCCUGCAGACCUGCCGAGGAGCACAAACAGCUGCCGCCACCACUCCCCGGAUCAAAAAAUUUGCCAUCUACCGAUGGGACCCAGAUAAGGCUGGAGAUAAACCCCGCAUGCAGACUUAUGAAAUUGAUCUGAAUAAAUGUGGCCCAAUGGUAUUGGACGCUUUAAUCAAGAUUAAGAAUGAAAUGGAUUCUACCCUGACCUUCCGAAGAUCAUGCCGAGAAGGUAUCUGUGGCUCCUGUGCGAUGAACAUCAAUGGGGGGAACACUCUAGCCUGCACCCGGAGGAUCGACACCGACCUAAGCAAAGUCUCCAAGAUCUACCCUCUCCCACAUAUGUAUGUGAUCAAGGAUCUUGUUCCCGACUUGAGCAACUUCUAUGCACAAUACAAAUCCAUCGAGCCCUACUUGAAAAAGAAGGACGAAUCCCAGGAAGGCAAGCAGCAGUACCUACAGUCCAUAGAGGAUCGCGAGAAACUGGAUGGGCUGUACGAGUGCAUCCUCUGCGCCUGCUGCAGCACCAGCUGCCCCAGCUACUGGUGGAACGGAGACAAGUACCUGGGGCCUGCGGUUCUCAUGCAGGCCUACCGCUGGAUGAUUGACUCCAGAGAUGACUUCACAGAGGAGCGCCUGGCCAAGCUGCAGGACCCCUUCUCUCUCUACCGCUGCCACACCAUCAUGAACUGCACACGGACCUGCCCCAAGGGUCUGAAUCCAGGGAAAGCCAUUGCCGAAAUCAAGAAAAUGAUGGCGACCUAUAAGGAGAAGAGAGUGUCAGCUUAACCCUGUUCAUGCUGAAUGAACAUGGCUGUGACCAGCUCAGAGCUGAACAUAAUUUAUAUCUAAUUUGAAUUCCUUCAAACACCCAGGUUUUCCAUGAAUAUAGCAUCUAUAAUAAAAGUUUUAAGAAAUAAA